AUGGCCGGGACACUCGUCGGGACAGAAACGGUCCCACUGUCAAUUCGAGUACCGAGGCCGAGCCAGAGGCCGAGCCCGAGUCCGAUUACAUCGGAAAUAAGCACCCGAAGAGCACCAGAAAGCAGAUUUCAGGGGGGGCUACACCCCAGUCUUCGUCGGGAUGACCACUCAAUACCACCCGGUCAGCGCCCCCAAAACAGGCGUGUUCCGAACCCAUCCGAGACAUCAUCGGGAAAUCAGUCCUCUGUUCCAGAGGGGCCAGAAAGCAGUGCUGUGAGGAUGGCGGGGCCAGACGACGGCCCAUCGCGAGAUCUGGUCCGUCUCCGAAGCCCAAGUAUCCGCAGUGAGGACGAUUUUAUUGGCGUACACUCAAGAGAGCCCUUCCAAGUAGUGGCGUCUCCCGAGGAGCGGGUAGAGCAAGGGCAUAUCAGAUACCAGGACGGGGAAAAGAUAGCGGUGGUGGCCAAGAUCAAGCCCGACCAGGCCUUCAAUUUCAUGACUACUUUUCGUGCUAGUGAGCUGGGCCUUUUGGAGUUGGUCCAGCCCCAUGAGGAUGGUGAUGGAGAGACCUGGAUAAUGCUGCCGGAUGGGACGAGGAUACAACCACAUGGGACUAUUCAGCUCCGCUGGUACCCACGGCAGUCAAGAUCAAUCCCGCUCCAGUUCCUCGUGCUUCCCCGUUGGUCAGAAGCGGCAAUUGUCCUUGGGGCGCGGUAUGUUGCGAAGGAGGAGCACUAUGCAAAGAGGCGGAGAGAUAGGACGCAAUAG